AUGGCACCUUGUCGUCAGUUGCUUAUGUGGUCAGUUCCUUCAAUAGCAGUCUUGUUAGGUAUUUUUUGGUUCAAAAAAAAGAGAGAGUAUGCAAAAUCUGACCCUGGAGGAAGAGAAAGAAUAAAAAGUUUAAAAGAGGAGCUGGCAGAAGUCCUUAAAUCUGAAGCGGAAAUAAUUAAGGCUUCGCCUUUAGGCAAGGUCGAAUGUUCAAUAGUUAAAUCUGCUCCAAUAGACAUAAUGCUAAAUGGAAGUGGCUCUCAACUUUCUUCACCCCUUGAAUUGACUGAUGAGGAAAUAGACUUAGAAAUUGAAAAAAUUAUAAGAAAAAAAUCUAUUGAGAAGGAAAAAAAGAUGUCCUUAACUUCAGAAAACAAGUUUAAAGAGAUUUGCUCUAAGAAUGACAUCACUAUAGCUACUAGUUCUCAGUCUAACAUAUAUCCAUCAUUCAAAACUGAAUUAAAAUGUAUUAAAAAUGGUAAUUUAAGUUUCCAAGACUAUAAUGUAGAUGACAAUAAAAUACUAACUGCAAAUAUAUCAGAUAACUCUGAAGCAGACAUUUCACUACCAGAUAGUACAAAGUAUGAAGCUGUAGUGUCUGAAGAUAUAGCGUCAGAGGAGAGUACUUUAGCAAACAAUGAAGAGUUAAAUGAUAAUAAUAAUGUAGUUGAAGAGUCUAGUGAUAGUAAUGAACUUAGUAACAAUGAUAAUAGAUUUUCAGCAUCACAAAAUAGAAGAAUUUCAGAAAGAGAUUCAGCAAACCAUAGUCCUGUGGAUCCUUUACUAGCUAGCCCCUCUAUGUGUCAUUUCUCAGAUAAUCACAGUGAGGGUUCCAGCGAUAGUGGCAAAGGUUGUUCAGAAGCAGCCAGUCCACCUCCAGCAAAUAUGAAUAUGGUCCCAUCUGAGACAGGAUUAAGAAUUCAUCAAUUUAUAAUACCACAGACCCUGGUUGGUCUGUUAAUAGGAAAAUAUGGUUCAUUUGUUACUAAAAUUAAAGCAAAAACUGGUGCAACAGUUUAUGUCAGAAGACAUCCAGAUUUAGUCAAACAAAAAAUUUGUGCAAUCGAAGGAUCACAGUCUGAAAUUGAAGCAGCUCUAGAAAUGAUUAAGGAAAAAUUCCCUGAAAAAAGGUUCCCCAACUUUUCUACUCAAGAAAUUAGUGCAGAAUUAUAUCAAAGACUGACUCCUCUUGUGCCAGAGUUCCUUCAAUUACAGUUGGUGGAGUCGGUGAACAACGACACAAUAAUGACGUGCCUGGUGAGUGCGGGGCACUUCUUCCUGCAGCAGCCGCUGCACCCCACCUUCCCCUCGCUGCACGCGCUUCACCGCCUCAUGGCCGCCACGUAUCAGGACCCCGACGUGCCGGCGUUGCCGCGCCCAGUGAAAGAGGGGUCUAUAUGCGCCGCGCCGACCGAGAACAACUGGUACCGCGCGCAAGUGAUCUCCACCUCGGAAGAGAAUGACACAUCCGUAGUGAAGUUGGUUGACUUCGGAGGCUACCUCACCGUGGACAACGACCAGCUCAAGCAGAUCCGCUCAGACUUCAUGACCCUGCCCUUCCAGGCGACGGAGGCGCUACUGGCGUUUGUCAAACCCGCCAAUAAUGAGACGGAGUGGAGCGGCGAGGCGCUGCGCAUCAUGGCGGGGCUGACGGCCGGCCAGCUGCUGCACGCGCAGGUGGCGGGCUACGACGAGGCCGGCCUGCCGCUUGUGCACCUCUACCUGACCCUCAACCCACAGCAAGUGAUAUUCCUGAACAGAGAGCUGGUGGACCGCGGGCUGGCGGAGUGGGACGUGCCGGCGGACUCG